UCUAGGGGAGGGGGUGGCGGAGGGAGAAGUGAUUUUCCAACGGUCGUCGGCAUAGUAGUGCAUGCGCGGCGCGUCGCGACGCGGCGCCUCGCGGAGAAAGAGUAAGAAGUAGCGAUUUCGUCCUCACCUCGGUUUCUUCCCGUGCGUUUCUCUUCGUAGACAUCGAUACUGUGCUACAUUCUUACACGUUUUCCCGUUCUCGUCCGUUCAAACCGUCGAACGUUCUUUUCUUUUUCCUUCUUUUCUGUCAAACCCUGUCUUCCCCUUGAUUCCCCCUUUAUCUUUCCGCACGGUAUACGUAUACAUAUACCCGUAUAUACACACUUACUACUACUCCUAUCUCCCACGCCCCUCCCCUGUUUUGUGUGGUAGAGAUUUUCACUGGCAUGUCAGCUGGAUAACUCGAUACGCGUUUUCUCGCGCUUCGAAUCAGAGUGGAAGGAAAGCUCUCCGGGGGGCUGCGCGUGUAUUUUCGUGCGUCGCGCGGGGUCUCGUGUUCGGUGGGUCGCGCUGUGCGAAAGCUACGAGAGGCUGCUGUUUCUUCUCGCUCUGUCCGUCUCCCUCGAAAUCUUUUCAUACUCUUUUUUUCCUUGGAACUAUUUUUUUUUUUUUCAUCUUUCCGUUAAAAAGAUUCGCGCGUGUAUACAUGUAAGAGGGAGACUUGAGGAUCGCCUUUUUUUUUUUUUCUUGGUUCCUUUUGGCAGUCUCUCGUCGUCCUCGGCGUGCAGCAGCGGCGACAAGCGGCGGCAGCCAGCAACACACGGCGACGAGCGGGCGUCCGUGACACGAUCCAGGGGAAUCGAGCGAUCCGUUUGUUCGUGGAUGCAAGUAUACGAGUGCUCCGAAACGCGCGAAUAAAUGUGUCGGUCACGGUACAAGACGUGAAGCGGGGGAAUAUACGGCAAGUGAGUAUAUUUUUAGUAGCAAGCGCCAAGCGCUAAGGCAGAGUGGUAUAAACGGCGCGCAGUGGCCUGAUGAAGCGGCGUAUGUGACAUCAAAUUUCUCUCUCUUGCCACCUCGACGAGACACCGAGACAUCUUGCAGACCAUCAGCGCGCGCUGUUGGCCCUCCAAUUUCCUGGAGGCCAGUGGUGUCAGUGACACCAAAGAAUAAUACGAACUGCUAGCGUGAAGGAAUACAGUAGAGUUGGCUUAGGCCAACGUCGGUGGACAAAACAAAAUGGCAACAAUAGAUGGCCGACCAACCCAAUAUGGUGUCACCCUUAAGCAACUUCGUGAGCUCAUGGAACUCCGAGGACGUGAAGGUGUCAAUAAAAUCAAUAGUUAUGGUGGUGUGCAGGAGAUUUGUAAAAAAUUAUAUACUUCACCCAGUGAAGGUCUUAGUGGAUCAGCAGCAGAUAUCCAACAUAGACGAGAUACGUUUGGUUCCAAUCUAAUACCUCCAAAACCACCAAAAACGUUUCUACAAUUAGUGUGGGAAGCUCUUCAAGAUGUUACAUUAAUCAUCUUGGAAGUAGCAGCUUUGAUUUCGUUAGGUCUUAGCUUUUAUCAUCCAGCAGACGAAGAAGAAAAACCUUUGGUAGAUGAAGAUGAAGCAAAAUAUGGUUGGAUUGAAGGCGCUGCUAUAUUUAUUUCUGUGAUCUUGGUGGUAAUAGUAACAGCUUCCAAUGAUUACUCUAAGGAAAAACAGUUUAGGGGCCUCCAAAGUCGGAUAGAAGGGGAGCAUAAAUUCUCUGUCAUUCGGCAAGGAGAGGUUAAACAGAUCUCUGUGUCUGACAUUGUUGUUGGUGAUAUAUGUCAGAUAAAAUAUGGAGACCUGCUGCCGGCAGAUGGUAUCCUUAUACAAAGCAACGAUCUCAAAGUGGAUGAAUCCAGUUUAACCGGAGAGUCAGACCAUGUUAAAAAAGGAGAAUCGUUCGAUCCCUUGGUACUCUCAGGUACACAUGUGAUGGAGGGUUCUGGGAAAAUGUUAGUUACUGCGGUUGGCGUCAACUCACAGGCUGGUAUUAUCUUUACUUUGUUGGGUGCUGCUGUUGAUCAGCAGGAACAGGAAAUCAAGAAGAUGAAGAAAGAGGCUAAGAAGCAGCGGAAGAAGAAGUCUUUAACAGGAGACGAAGCUGUAGAAAUAACUGGAAACAGCCAUGUGAGUGGAGGCAAGCACGAGGGCGGGGAGAACCAUCACGCACCCAGCCAUGGGGGUGGACCAGAAGGGAAGAAGGAGAAGAGUGUAUUACAAGCCAAGCUAACUAAACUCGCCAUACAAAUCGGUUAUGCCGGCUCGACCAUAGCAGGGCUUACCGUUAUCAUUCUAAUCAUUCAGUUUUGCGUUACCACGUUUAUCAUACAGGAAAAACCUUGGAAAAAUACGUACGCUGGUGAUCUGGUGCGGCAUUUGAUCAUUGGUGUAACGGUACUCGUAGUCGCCGUUCCCGAAGGUCUUCCUCUAGCUGUCACCCUCUCCCUUGCUUAUUCCGUUAAGAAAAUGAUGAAAGACAACAACUUGGUGCGUCAUUUGGAUGCUUGUGAAACGAUGGGUAACGCUACGGCAAUCUGUUCGGACAAGACUGGUACCCUGACCACCAACCGGAUGACCGUCGUUCAGUCGUACAUAUGCGAGAAGAUGAGCAAGACGACCCCGGAGUUCGUGGAGAUUCCGUCGCACAUUGGAAACUUAAUAAUUCAAGCUAUCUCUGUUAAUUCGGCAUACACAUCCAGAAUAAUGCCAUCGCAGGACCCUACAGAAUUGCCGCUUCAAGUCGGCAAUAAAACCGAAUGUGCCUUACUUGGAUUCGUAGUAGCCCUGGGCAUGAACUAUCAGACGAUACGAGACGAUCAACCUGAGGAAACCUUCACACGGGUGUACACGUUCAAUAGUGUUAGGAAGAGCAUGUCCACCGUCAUCCCGAGGAAAGGUGGUGGAUUCAGGCUCUUCACCAAGGGCGCUUCCGAGAUCAUUAUGAAGAAAUGUGCCUUUAUAUAUGGUCGUGAAGGUCAUUUGGAAAAAUUUACCGGAGAGAUGCAGGGGCGUCUGGUAAAGAACGUGAUCGAGCCGAUGGCGUGUGACGGACUCCGUACCAUCUGUGUCGCGUAUCGCGAUUUCGUUCCCGGAAAGGCAGAAAUCAAUCAAGUUCACAUCGACAACGAGCCGAAUUGGGAUGAUGAAGAGAAUAUCGUGAACAAUCUUACGUGUUUGUGCAUCGUCGGUAUUGAGGACCCGGUACGUCCGGAGGUGCCGGACGCGAUCAGGAAGUGUCAGAAGGCAGGCAUCACUGUGCGAAUGGUGACCGGAGACAAUAUAAACACUGCGCGAUCCAUUGCUCUGAAAUGUGGGAUUUUAAAGCCAAACGAAGACUUCCUGAUCCUAGAAGGCAAAGAGUUCAAUAGGAGAAUCCGAGACAGCAACGGCGAGAUACAGCAACAUUUGUUGGACAAAGUGUGGCCGAAAUUGAGGGUAUUGGCUAGAUCGUCGCCUACAGACAAGUACACACUCGUGAAAGGCAUAAUCGAUAGUAAAGCGAGCGUGAGUCGCGAAGUUGUUGCUGUAACUGGUGAUGGAACGAACGAUGGUCCUGCUUUGAAAAAGGCGGAUGUCGGCUUUGCCAUGGGCAUCGCCGGUACCGAUGUCGCCAAGGAAGCUUCCGAUAUCAUCCUAACGGACGAUAAUUUCUCAUCAAUCGUGAAGGCAGUUAUGUGGGGUAGAAACGUCUACGAUAGUAUAGCGAAAUUCUUGCAGUUUCAAUUGACCGUCAAUAUCGUCGCUGUUAUAGUUGCUUUUAUCGGAGCAUGUGCCGUGCAAGAUUCUCCUCUUAAAGCGGUGCAGAUGUUGUGGGUGAAUUUAAUCAUGGACACGUUAGCAUCUCUUGCAUUGGCCACCGAAUUGCCUACGCCUGAUCUUCUUCUUCGUAGACCGUAUGGUCGCACGAAACCGCUCAUCUCCAGGACAAUGAUGAAGAACAUUCUCGGUCAAGCUGUCUAUCAGUUGUCUGUAAUUUUUAUGCUUCUUUUCGUUGGUGAUAAGAUGCUUGACAUCGAUACAGGCCGAGGAGUUGCACAGGCUGGCGGCGGUCCAACGCAGCAUUUCACCGUCAUCUUCAACACAUUCGUCAUGAUGACUCUUUUCAACGAAUUUAACGCUAGAAAAAUCCAUGGUCAGCGUAAUGUCUUCCAAGGAAUAUUCACCAACCCCAUCUUUUAUUCUAUCUGGGUCGCCACAUGUCUAUCGCAGGUAGUUAUCAUACAAUAUGGUAAAAUGGCGUUCAGCACGAAAGCUCUCACAUUAGAACAAUGGAUGUGGUGCCUGUUCUUCGGAGUCGGUACUCUAUUGUGGGGCCAAGUAAUUACGACUAUUCCUACGCGCAAGAUUCCUAAAAUUCUUUCAUGGGGCCGCGGCCAGCCGGAUGAUAUCGGUGCGAUCAAUCUCGGAGAUGAGAAAUUCGACCCUGACUCGGAUAAAAAGCCGCGCGCAGGACAAAUUCUAUGGAUCCGUGGUCUAACACGACUACAGACACAGACGAGCAAUAGAACUCUGGUGCAGAAUGUAUCUGUGACAGGCAGAUCCCCCUCUCAGGAUUACUAUAUGAUCCGCGUAGUGAACGCAUUUCGGCAGGGCCUAGACGCGCGCUACACGAGCGAGCACAGCAGCACUACAUUGGCGGAGGUACUGAGAAAACAGUCGUCCUUAAGCAAGCGGCUCUCGCAGACGAGCAGCAUUGAAUACGCCGAUAACAACCCAGACGAGCUGACCAUACCCGAGAUAGACGUUGAAAGGCUGUCAAGUCACAGUCACACCGAGACCGCCGUUUAGAAUGAGAGAAGAAUGACGGGGGUUCAGCAGCCAUGACGACGACGACUGUCAUCAAGCUGUGUGUUACGUUCUAUCCUUUCUGACGAUGUGUAAACACGUAAAAAUAUCAUCCUCAUCCUUGUUUUUCUCGUGGCCAGCGCGUUCGGAAAAAAGGAAAAAAAAAAACGAAAACCGUGUGCGUUGAUCCUCUUGGACGAGAAAGGAAGAAGGGGAUCAUAUUCCUAACCUAGUCAAACAAAACAAAAUUAAUCAUGACGUGAGUUAGGUCCUCGUCAUUUUCUCUCUUUGUGCUUUGUUACCGGCGAUCGAUAAUAGUAGAACGGACGAUUGAAUUGCACAUCAGUCAAUGACGUUCGAUCUGGAAAAGGAGGAAAAAGUAAGGAAAAAAGAAAAAAAAGAUAGAAAUGAUGAUGAUGACCUUCUGCCCACGAAACGUCGUCGCGGACACCUCAGUUGAUCCGUGCGAAACACCAAUUAUAAGAUACCAAAGUAACGCACCACUGCCUGUCCUCUGUUUUGUUGUUACUUACAUUUUUCUUCAUUUUUUCUGCCCUUAUUUCUCACGCUCUGUGCGUAUCUAUCUCUUUCUCCCACUAAAGACCUUCAGUUUUAAGUUUUAUUAGUUUUACUCUCUGUUACGUCGUUUUCGUCCUCCCCUCCCCCCCCUUCUCUUAUGGUACUUUAACGUUAACGUGGUACUUUUGUUUCUCUUUUUCAUUUUCCCCUACAAAAUGACACCGCAUGAAACUGUAAAGAAAGUGGAGAGAACGAGAGAAGAAAACGAACGUACCAACACGAGACUAGUUUCAUCUGCCGAGAAAACGGAUUUUUCUUUUUCUUUUCGUUGAAAUUCCAUGCCGCCGUUGGUCACUUGCGAUUUUCUUCCCUUGACUCUUCUCCGCUCUCUUCGAUGUCUGUCCACCUUUUUGUUUGUCAUCGUUCAUCCGCUUCUUUUCGCGUCAUUUUUUUACUGCUAUCUCUAUCGUCUCUCAUACUUUCCGUUUCCACUCUAUUUUUGUCUCGCACAAUACUCACUAUGCUAUUCUUCCUUUAACCUUUUCAUUUUCCUUCUCUUUAUAUUUCAGCUACUGACCCCCUCCUCCCUCCCCCCCUCUCUCUCUCUCUUCUCUUCUCUCUCUUCUCU